UUAUACUAUUUACUAACAUGAUUAUACUCUAUUAGCUGAAGAGAUGCACAUGUUAUAAAUGUCCAUCCCCACCCCUGAUUUCUUGCUUUGCCCUAUCUGUCGAACGCGAUUCAAUGGUACAACCAAAAAGCCAAUAUCGCUACUUUGCGGACACACUUGCUGUAGCUCAUGUCUACAGCUAAUGCACCGAAAGCAGUGCCCCCUUGAUGCCACGCCGUUUCAACAGGAAGAUAUAGAUUCUUUCCCAACAAACCAGGCGCUUCUUCUGCUUGUAACUGAAAACAAAACAGAAGAAAAUACUACCAAAGCACUCCAAAAUGGAGAUGAUAGUAAAAAUGACGAGAAAGUCGUAGGAACGUGUAUAGGCGAGCUAGCCCUCUAUUUGAAGCCUUUGUCUUCUGGAAACCAGAAGACAGGUAACAGUAUCACACUAUCACGGCCCAUGCAACGUAAGCUUGUCGCCCUGGUACACUGCCAGCUGGCGGAACCAGUAGGACGAGCACGAGCCCUUCGUGCUGCUCGCAGUCUUGGUGAGCGCACGUGUACGGAACUUAUACUCCAGCACCAGAACCAACAACAGCUUAGCAGUAUGCUGUGGGCGGCGGUGCGGACGCGCGGCUGCCAGUUCUUAGGGCCAGCCAUGCAGGAAGCCGCCCUCAAAUACAUCCUGCUUUCUCUGGAACAGGGCGAGGCGUUGUCCAGGAAAGUGCUGGUUCUGUACGUGGUCCAGCAGCUGGAGCCGCACUUCCCUCAAGCCAGCAAGACCAGCAUAGGACACGUGGUACAGCUACUAUACCGUGCCAGUUGCUUCAAGGUUGCCAAGAGGAAUGAUGAAAGUUCCCUGAUGCAACUAAAGGAGGAGUACAGGACAUAUGAAGCACUGCGACGGGAGCACGACGCGCAGAUCGUUAACAUGGCCCAGGAAGCGGGGAUCAGGAUCCCGCCCGAUCAGUGGAGCCAGCUAUUAUACGGAGAUACAGCCCACAAGUCGCAUAUGCAGAGUAUCAUUGAUAGGUUGCAGACGCCAGCUUCGUUUACACAGAGUAUACAGGAGCUGAUGAUAGCACUCUCCCGAACAGAGGACACGCACAACUUGUCAGGACUGUCUAACGAUUUCAAUACUCUAGCAGCGAUCAACCCAGCUACAGAGGACAGUUCAGUGACAUGGUCGCAGCUGAAAGUAGCGCUGAUAGCGCUGAGGAACGUUGUGAAAGGACUAGAGAGGUUCCUGCAAGCUAAAGCUAAAGUUAAGGGACUCACCGAGCACACUGCCGGAUGUCUUCAUGAUAACUGCAAUGCGCACGGAAAAUACAAAACAACAAUGUGUAGAGACUUGCUCCUACCGCAGUCGUGUCCCCGAGGUGCGUCCUGUACCUUCGCUCACACUCAAGAUGAGAUGGAGAGGUACAGAAGCCAGAAGAAGAACAUGAAGAACAUGUCGGAAGCAGAACACAGUGCUACCUGCUCCAUGAACAGCUCUCCGAGUGUUAGUUCGAUGCAAGCAAGUUUGCCGCCUGCAGGAUCUCCAGUCGUGUCUCAGCAGCAACCUAUGUCACAACAACUAAAAGCUAGUCCACACCAUGUUCCUCAGCCCCACGUACCACAGGGAAUGUUGCCACCGCCUCCGCCAGCCUAUCCACCUCAGAAUAUGCCGGGUUUGCCCCCUACUAACGGUCACCACCUGCCAACGUCUCGACCGUGGAACGGCAAUGUCCUGACGCCGGAUCCACGCCUGGCAACGCCCCGACUUCCUGGUUAUCAACAAAUGGCCGGUCCACACCGCCAACUGGAUCACGAAACUCUACAGUUGCUGCAACUGAAGCAGCAGCUUCUUCAGCAGGGUGUCCAAACUCCGUUACCACCACCGCCAGCUGCUCCUCUCCCAUCCUCUCUACAUAACCUUACUACCGAGCAGCUCCUGAGUCAUGCUACCAACCAGUUCUCCUCUGUACCCACCUCACGAUCUAACGGACUGACUGGAGACUACAACUUUGGAACAGUUCCAAAUGUCACUAACAUUGACACACUGAGUCAGAGGUUGCACAUGAGUCAACAGCAUGCCCCUCCUCCUCCGCCGCCUGUUUCCUCUGCUUCUCGUCAAGAGGCUCAAAUACCUCUGUGGGAUCAACCGAAGAUCAACGGACUGACGAAUGCUGCCUCUGCUACACCAGUAAGUGGAGCACAAGGUACCCCCAACCUGUGGGGAGGACAAUAUGACCCCUUAGUUAGCCAACUGAACGGCUACGAUGAAGCACUCCUCAGACAAGAGCUGCUGAAACAGUACAGUCAACUGUCCCUGGCAAGCACUCCUGGUCUUACAUCCAACCUACUGAACCAGUUGCAAGCGCAGCAACACGCUCAGCAGCAACACGCUGCAGCGUCACCAUCACCCGCUCUACCGUCCUUCCCUAACUACGAUGCUACCAACAUUCUAGCCUCGAGACUCAAUCAACUCCGACUGUCUCAACAACUUGGGAAUCCAGCAACCAGUACUGGUUACCAGACUAAUCCCACUGAGUCCCUGUCUAAUGGCCUCAACGGAUACGAUCGCCUAAUUCCUCAGGCGUCUACUCCAACUGUACAGCAAAUCAAGUACGAACUUGCCAAGGCAGAGAAAUACGAGCAGCUCCUAAACAGCGGGCUUUCAAACAGUGCUCUGCUCUCACAGCUUCACUCUAGUGGACUUACCAAUGGUCUCUCCAAUGGGCAACUUAAUGGACUAUCCAAUGGGCAACUCAAUGGACUCUCCAAUGGGCAACUCAAUGGACUUUCCAAUGGGCAACUCAAUGGACUUUCCAAUGGGCAAAUUAAUGGACUUUCCAACGGGCAAAUUAAUGGACUUUCCAAUGGACUCUCCAACGGGCAACUAAAUGGACUCUCAAAUGGACUUUCCAAUGGGCUGUCUAACGGGCAACUAAAUGGACUCUCCAAUGGACUUUCUAACGGCCUUCAUGGUGGUUUAAAUAACGGGCUCUCCAAUGACUUUGCUAAGAGUGCUAGCCAGAUAAACCCAAGUGCUACACCAAUGGACCAGUACUCUAACGCAGCCACGCCCAGUAUUUGGCAAAACGAUAGUAGUUGGCACAGCUUUCUGAGCAGCAGACCGACAAGUGUGGCUUUGGGCAGCCACAGCAGCCAUGGCAGCCUCCAGAUGAAUAGUGGUGGUCACAACAGCCAUGCCGGUGGAGAUGACAUGAACGCUAGCAUUCAGCAGUUGCUGCAACACUAUACCGACCGGAACUUGGCAUUCCAGUUCCAGCUUGACGAUGUUGAGUGAAACUAUAAACUGUGUGGAGACCGGGGUGCACACCCUGGUGCACUCCAACCCCACUACAAACAUGCAGACCCGUCCAGUGUGAUCCGAACACACUGAAUCUUCCGUACUUCUGUGCCGUGCAACAGCACUAAUACAUUCUAUCUGUUUGGUGUGAAUUGCUCCCACGGGGAGCAUAUUUUGAAUACCUGUUAUUGUCUCUGCGAAAUAAUAAUGUACUUUACUGAUAUAAGGAUAUAGUUAUUCGCCAUAUAAUAAUACAUUCAUAUAUAUUGAUUAACAAUAUUCUUCUCAGAUGAAAGGAGGAGAAGCUCAUUUUCUUUAUGUUGUAAAGAAACAUAAUUACCCAUUUGUUCCUUCGUGUUUUAGUGUACUUAAGUUCGGUUUAAUACUGCAAAAUGUGGGUGCUCUGUCCAGUGCCGCUGCCAUGGAAGGUGAUCUUAUUGUAGCACCUAUAUUGGGUGAUGCAAGUGUUGCCUUGUUGGUGGUUGUGGUGCUUUUCAGGGUCCCACAGCCUUGUGUCGGGCUUGUCGCGUUAGUUUCAGUGACAAACUCGAGCUCACGGUUUUUUGUUCGAAAGUAUACCGAUAUUGAGAUUUAAUAGUAUUUUGUAGUUAUAGUUUGCUGAAAUCCUACCUUAGAGAUUUGUUUGUUGCCAAUAGUUUUUCGUCCAAAGUAAAUUGUUUCGAUGUGGUGCUGUGCACAUGAUAUUUUAAACAUAUCUUUCUUAAUAAUGAAUUCUUAGCUGAAAUAAUUGGCAACAAAUUCUCUCUAUAGAUCAUUGGUGAAAUUCAACAUAUAUCAUGUCAGGUUUCUGAAAAUUUGGUUUCUUGUUUGAAAGAAAAACUUGCUAGUUUGUGCCGUGUAAUGGUGAAUCAACGCUUACCAUGAUUCCGUGGCUAUGAAUUUUAAAUCUUUAGUUAUUUUAAUAGGUUGGCGUACCUUACCUCUUCAUAUUUCUGUAUGUUAUGUGAAAAAUCGUAAGGGCCAAUUUUUUCUUGUCAAAUUUUAAUAUAUUACUGCGUAAAAAACGUUUAAAGUAUACCUAUUUAUAAAGCGAUCUCUUUGGCGUGAAGAGUGCCACGACAUGUUAAUGUAACGGAGGCACCACGUGCAGAUUGCGCGCAGUACAAUCUCUGGUAUCGUGCGCUUCGCAGCGACCCAGUGUACAAUUAGACGUGAUCAGUUUAAAGAUAUUUAGAAUGGUAAUUGUGGGAGCAGUGCAACCGAGAAAAUAAUUUAUGAAAUCUCCGCAAGCGAGAUGUGACCCCGCUUCAAAAACUCAGUUCCCAGUUGCACUGCUACCGCGUUAAGACUGUAAUAGCAAAUGCAAUGUUGCUAUUGUUGAUAAUUAGCAAUAAUUUGCUAUGCUAUAUUAUUCUCUACCUUGUGUAUAUGUUAAACCUGAUUUGGAGUUUAGUGGACCCACGGAUGGUUUAUUUUUGCACUCUUUCCGAGUGUGUAACCGAAAAAUUGU